UCUUCCUUCCCUUAUGAUCUGCCUUCCCCAGGAUCUCUCUUCCUGGUUCCCAAGGAUUCCUCUCCAAGCUACACGCCCGCGUCGUUUUCUUGUCUUCUUGAGGCGCGCUUAGUGAAGACGUCACCGUAUAGCUGUGCGAUUACCCAAGCGACAUAUAAUCAUACGGUUUCAGAGAGUACAAAUUGAGCGUUGCGCGCAGCGCCAAGACGACACAGCGUUAAUCACCACUGUCGCAUCUGCAGCACAACAGCCAAGAGAUGGAACACCAACGAGCGGGGAACGCUGACGCAGGGUCGCACAACCCCGUACAAACAACAUACGACGAGAAAAUUGAGGUGUCAGCGCAAACAUCACCACUGUCAAGUCAAAAGUCACAUGAGAGUCUGGCAAUAAGAGAUGCACCAAUCGAAGAACCGCAAGAGAAGGCGCACGUGACGCAGGAUGACCGCAUCACCGAGGAGAAGGAAACUGAUAGCGAAGGCCUGAAGAAAGUAAAAAGCAAGCACAGCGUCCGAGACGCAGGAAGCAUUCCUGACGGCGGACUAUGGGCGUGGCUACAAGUCCUCGGCGGCUUUUUCCUGCUCUUCAACUCCUGGGGCAUCAUCAACACUUUCGGCUCCUACCAAGCGUACUACGAAACCACACUGCUACCUUCUUCCUCGCCCUCGAGUAUCUCCUGGAUCGGCAGUAUCCAAGCCUUUCUCCUCCUUGAAGUCGGCGCGCUCACAGGCCCUAUCUACGAUGCAGGCUACUUCCGCGAACUCCUGCUUUUUGGCUCCUUCAUGCUCGUCUUCGGCCAGAUGAUGCUGUCCCUCUGCACCUCGUACUGGCAAGUCCUCCUUGCGCAAGCCUUCUGCAUCGGCAUCGGCACCGGGGCGCUCUUCGUACCCAGCGUUGCCAUCCUAUCCACCUACUUCUCCACGAAAAUUGGCAUGGCGAUCGGUAUCGCCGCCGCAGGCUCCUCCUUCGGCGGCGUCAUCUAUCCCAUCGUCUUCCACAAUCUGCUCCCCCAAAUCGGCUUCGCAUGGACAACACGCGUCCUCGGCUUCAUCAUCCUGGCCACCAUGGUGGUGCCCUGCGUGUGCAUGCGCGUCCGCGUCCUCCCCGCAAAGAGCCGCUCGCUGCUCGAUCUGCAGGCAUUCUGCAUCCCCGCGUACUCUCUGCAAGUCCUCGGAUUCUUCUUCGGAUUCAUGGGCCUCUACAUGCCGUUCUUCUACGCACAAGUCUACGCUCUUGAGCGCCACCUCACCAACGAGAACCUCGCUUUCUACCUCCUCGCCAUCAUGAACUCAACAUCUGUGUUUGGAAGAAUCAUCCCCAACGUCUUCGCCGACCGCCUCGGCCCCUUCAACGUCGUCAUCCCAUGCUGUUUAAUCUCGGGCGUGCUGUGUAUCAUCUACAUCGGCGUGUCCAACAGCGCAGGUAUCUGCGUGCUGAUGGCUUUCUACGGGUUUUUCUCGGGCUCGUUCGUCAGCCUGCCGCCGACUAUCAUCGUGCGACUUAGUCAGGACAAGAGAGACAAGAUUGGCACACGGCUUGGUCAGAGCUUUGCGAUUGUUGCUCUUGGUGUUCUUAUUGGAACACCCAUUGGAGGUGCUAUCUUGGAUCACAGCGGUUUCGAUGCGCUUUGGAUAUUUGGUGGCUGCAUGCUGUUCGGUAGCGCAGCGUUGUUGUUGGCGGCGAGGAUAACUUUUGGAGGGGUUGGGCUGAGGGUUAAGGUCUGAUAUGUUGUAUGGAAUGGUAUUGCCAAGCAGUAUUAGAUGGCGAUUCCGUCACAAGAAGAAAGACGAAGAAUACAAAUCAUUGUGAACAC